AUGACCGAGGUCCUCCUCUCCCCACCCCAUUUUGCAUCUUCUUCAUCACCACCAACAACAAAGACAAGGACAACCUCAACCACAACAACCUCAACCCCUUCUUCCUCUUCAUUCUCUCGCAAUGCCUUUCUCCGACCACACCUCUCUCUCUUGGCUCUUCUGUUGACCCUUCUCAGGAAAUCCUUCCUUCCUCGCAAAACCAUCUCCUCUAUCAUGGACAUAGGCUCGCCAACUAACGUGCGCCAUGUUGCUCAUGUCACCUUUGAUAGGUUCAAUGGUUUCUUGGGUUUGCCUGUUGAGUUUGAACCUGAAGUCCCCAGAAGGCCUCCUAGUGCUAGUGCAUCUGUUUUUGGAGUUUCAACAGAAUCCAUGCAGUUGUCAUAUGACACAAGAGGGAACAGUGUACCAACGAUUCUUCUGUUGAUGCAAAAGCAUAUGUAUGCUCAAGGAGGGUUGCAGGUGGAGGGGAUUUUCAGAAUUAACGCGGACAAUGGUCAAGAGGAACAUGUUAGGGAUCAACUGAAUAUGGGAGUGGUCCCAGAAGGCAUUGACGUACACUGUUUGGCAGGGCUAAUUAAGGCUUGGUUUAGGGAACUUCCUACAGGCAUUCUGGAUUCAUUAUCACCGGAGCAGGUCAUGCAAUGCCAGACUGAGGAGGAGUGUGCUGAACUAGUGAGACAUCUACCUCAUACUGAAGCUUCACUCUUGGACUGGGCCAUCAAUCUGAUGACUGAUGUUGUCCAACACGAACAUAUUAAUAAGAUGAAUGCACGUAACAUUGCCAUGGUUUUUGCGCCAAACAUGACUCAGAUGGCGGACCCUAUAUCUGCAUUGAUGUAUGCAGUUAAAGUAAUGAACUUCUUGAAGACACUCAUAUUAAGGACACUGAGGGAAAGAAAGGAUUCUGAGGUAGAAUCUUAUCCUAGAUUUUAUGUAGAACCUUCUGAUGGUAAUGGAAACCAAAGACUUUUAGAGUCCUUCCAGCAAGAUACUCCUGCAGAAAAUGAACAGGCUCAGGAAAACUUUGUUUUAGAGAAAAUCGCCUUAGAGUUUCCUCCUGAAUCAGUCCAAAACAACUCAACUCAAGGAGAAACUUGCAGUUUGACAAACUCUUCUGAGAAUCUUGUUAGCAAUGAGGAAUUGUAUUGUGAGUUUCCACCCGUAGGAAACAUGGGAAAGGGUAAAGCUGGUCAAUCAAAUAGAUCAAAUGCUAGAAAAGAAUCCAAAAAGACCAGAGGCAGCAACCUGUGA